AUGAAAUACGUAUUGGUAUCUGGAGGUGUUAUCAGCGGUGUCGGCAAGGGCAUUAUUGNCCUCGUCGACCGGCCUGCUGCUGAAGACUAUGGGAUUGAAGAUAUGUCUGCCCUGUCUUGCNAUGGCGAAGUCUUCGUUCUCGACGACGGUGGUGAAGUCGACCUCGAUCUCGGCAACUACGAGCGCUACCUCAACAUCACCCNNCUGACCCGCGAAAACAACAUCACCACUGGCAAGAUCUACCAGCACGUUAUCGAGAAGGAGCGUAGAGGAGACUACUUGGGCCACACUGUCCAGGUGGUCCCUCACAUUGUCGACGCCAUCCAGGAUUGGGUUGAGAGAGUGGCCAAGAUCCCCGUCGACGACACAAAUGAAGAGCCCGACGUCUGUAUCAUCGAGUUGGGUGGCACAGUUGGCGAUAUCGAGAGCAUGCCGUUCGUCGAGGCAAUGACUCAACUUCGCGCCCGCGCUGGAAGAGACAACUUCAUGCAGAUCCACGUCAGCUACGUGCCCAUGGUCCACGGCGAGCAGAAGACAAAGCCCACUCAAAUGGCCAUCAAGGCCGUGCGCAGUGCAGGUUUGAUUCCUGAUCUGAUUGCUUGCCGUUGCGAGCACCCUCUCGACGCUGGCGCCCAUCAAAAGAUUGCUCGCUUCUGCCAGGUCCCCCUCCCUCAGGUUCUCGUUGUUCGCGACAUGCCCACCACAUACCAAGUCCCCAUUCUCCUUCAAGAACAAGGCCUCUUGCAGAGUUUGAAGGACAUCCUUCGCAUUGAUGCUUUGACCAUCUCUCCCCUUCUUGCAGCCAAGGGUGCCGAAAUCUGGUCCACCUGGAACACCCUGGCAAAUGGCCUGGCAACCGUCACCGAUAUUGUCGAGAUUGCGCUGGUUGGAAAAUACCUCGAGUGUCCCGACAGUUACUUGAGUGUUGUCAAGAGUGUGGAGCACGCCGCCAUGAGAUGCAAGAAGAAGCUGAAGAUUGUCUGGGUUGAUGCCGAGCACCUUGAGCCUGAGUCUGAGCGUGCCAACCCCGCUGCUUACCACAAGGCCUGGCACGAUGUCUGCACCGCUUCCGGUAUCCUGGUUCCUGGUGGUUUCGGUCAAAGAGGUACCGAAGGUAUGAUGAAGGCUGCCAAAUGGGCCCGUGAGAACGGCACGCCCUACCUUGGAAUCUGUCUCGGCAUGCAGAUUGCCGUCAUCGAGUUCGCAAGAAACGUCUGCAACAUCCCUGUUCCUGUCUCGACCAGUCAGGAGUUCGACGCUCGUGACGAGGACCGCAUCAUCGUCUCCAUGCCCGAGCACCACCCUGGACAGCUCGGCGGAACCAUGAGACUUGGUCUCAGACCUACCCUCUGGCAGCCUGACUCAGAGUGGAGUCGUCUUCGCGCCCUGUACGCCUCUACCACUUCCGCCGACGGCCAAUCACAAAUUUUGGAGCGUCACCGUCACAGAUACGAAGUCAACCCCAACUACGUCUCCACCCUGGAGUCCAAGGGCCUGAACUUCAUCGGCAAGGAUGAGACCGGCGUUCGUCAAGAGAUCAUCGAGCUCAAGGAUCACCCCUGGUUCGUUGGUGUCCAGUACCACCCCGAGUAUCUGUCUCGUGUCCUCCACCCCAGCAAGCCUUAUCUUGGAUUCAUUGCUGCCAGUGCAGGCAUGCUGGACACAAUCACUGCCGAGAUUGUCAAGGAGAAGACGGCAAACACUUCGUUCUAG